AUGUUACCUCGCUCUGAUGAUGUCCGUCAUGACGGACGAAAGCUUAGCAUCUUUUCACCGGAAUCGAAUGAGAUUGCCUCGGAAACAAUUGAAUAUUCCAGUAAAGCCAAUCGACAGCUGGUCAAGAGGAAUCCGCCGUCGUCUUCUGGUGGAACCGACCUUCAAAUCUCUUUACCCAACACUUUCACUCGAAAUGGAAAUGACUAUGAAUUGAAGGGACAACCUGCAGCUCGAUGCCAUCUUAGUAUCUUCUGGCAAAUUGUCAGUAAGACUUGUGAGUUUCACCAUUAUUUCUCUCCUGCCAUCCUCACUGUUAGGCAACGCAUAGUUCAAGCCUUCAGAAAGGACUUCCUUAGUGUUAUUAUCAAAUGCUCUUUGGGACAGGUUUAUCACUCUAUAUCCUAUUCUACCUCCCUCCAUUACGUCUGCCCUUACUGUUUCCAGAUAACUCUUCGUCCUUAUUCUUAUACCCAAAUCCCUAAGCUUUUAAUUGUGUUUUGUCCUCACCUGUUAAAAAACAAUAUCGUAUAA